AUGACCUCCAGGAACUUCAAGUACAGUCAAGAAGAACACGCGCGAUUGGGCGGCGAAAUGUAUGAGUCCAAGGUGCGCCUGUUGGUGGAAGAGGGGAAUAAGGGAAAGAUAGUCGCCAUCGACAUCGAAAACGGCGACUACGAGGUUGACAGAGACACACUUGCGGCGUCCCAUCGCCUCAUUGAGCGCAAUCCCCACGCGCAGAUUUGGUGCGUCCGCAUAGGCCAUGUCGCAGUACAUAGUCUUCCCUGGAGACGGAUGACCAGCGGGAGGGAAGAACAGAUAUAA